CUAAUAAGCAUUUUAUCCUUUUCAGAUUAAUAUAAAGUGCAAACUGUCCUCAGUUUCCACAACGGCAGCAGUGGGCACAGGGCAAGAUGCGGUCUAGCCCGUCUGUAGAUUGUCACCCGGUCCGGCAGCAUUCCGCCGGUGGUGACGGGCCGUCGGCCGCCGGGGACGGCGCGCCGGCGCCGCAGCUGUCCGGGGAGACGGCGCUGCGGCUGGCGGCCGUGGCGGCCGUGCUGGCCGCCGCGCUGCUGACCGCCUGCGGGUGCGCCGACCACUCGGCCUGGCUGCAGCGUGAGCUGCGCGCCGCCGCCGCCCGUUCGCUGCUCUUCUGGCGGCCGGCGCCGGCCGGCCACUGGCAGCCGCUCGGCCGUCACCGGCCGCCUCUCGCAGAGCCCAUCGACCAGCUGGAGCGCUUCCCCAGCCCGGAGCAGUUCUUCCGGCGCUACGUACGGCCGCAGCGACCGGUCGUCUUCCGCGGCCUGGCCGGGGUCCAUCCGGCCUACUGGCUGUGGACCGACGACUACCUUAGGCGUGAAUUUGGCAGCGUUGAGCUGGACGUGGAGCAGAAGAAGAAGGAGGACAGAAGUAUCGGCCUCACACGGAUGAACGUCUCUGAGUUCCUCUCUGUCUACAAGGAGAAGGAUCUGUACGUGGUGCACAGCAUUCAGGAGGAAAUGAGACGUGACCUGGCGCUGCUGCCCAGUGCGCAGUGCGGCGGCCUGCAGCGUCUGAUGAUGGACGCCGUGCUCUGGUUCAGCAGCGGGGGCACCAAGUCUGUACUGCACUACGAUGAGCUCGACAACAUCAACUGCGUCCUUGACGGAUACAAACACUUCUUCCUGGUUGAUGUUGAUGACGCUCACCAUAUCGAGUUUGACCACAUGGAAGGUCUGUACUCGUCUGUGGACGUCACCAGCGUGGACAUGUACCGGUUCCCAGGCCUGAGGGACGUGCCGUGGUACAACGUGACCCUCUGGAAAGGCGACUGUUUCUACCUGCCGUUCAGGUGGCCGCACCACGUCAUAUCGUCCAACUCCAGGUGAGCAGUCACCGGCGAGCCGGGAGGGGCGCGGGACUGUUGUGGGAACUGGGAAUGAUAACGUAUGGCCAAACUACAAGCACUGAAGUGCACAGUGUCUUGUACUCCUGGCAAGUGCACUUUGCAGUGUAUUAGCAGAAUAUAGGGCAAUAUACUGUCACAACGUGUGCUGAUGUGUUGCAAAGUGUGACAGCUUUAUGCAAUCACACGUCUGACGCUGCUAUAUAGUCAAGUACUUUGAUGUAGGGUAUAGCUUGUGACCGGAAUUGGACAGUGUAUUUAUGUCAUAUGUGUGGUUUCGGCUGGUAUACCUAUGUGUGCUGAAUGGUGGUCAUGAGUCGUUUCAAUGUCAUUAACCGGUAUCAAUAUCAAAGGUCUGGAUGUGGCGUCGGGGCACUCAGCGGCCAGCCUCAACGCCGGUGUGGUCAGUAACGCCGCCGUUAUUUCCACUGUAGCUCUGAAUAAUUACCGUUUGCCAGCGAGUAAAGCGAGUGUUGAGUUUCUGGGACAUUUGGUGAAUUAUUCCUGUAGUCAAGCUUGUUAUUUAUUCUGGUUGGGGCCUAGGGUUGUAAAGCUUCCCGCAAAUAUACUGUGUAGUUGAAUAGGAACUUUUAUUUCCAGUAAGUAUGAACCAAUCAUUCAAUGUGCAACGUGAUCACGGAUGACUUGGCUCAAUGUCCCCAACCUAUAUUUACGUGCUUUGCGGUUCAGCCUCAGAGGUUGCUUAGACUGUGCCGCAUGGCUCGGCUGCGCUGCAGGUCAGCCUACCCUGCCAGUGAAGCUGACAAUCAGCUCAAUUUGACUUGUUUUCAUCGAGUAGUUCGUGCUGCAUGGGCUGCGGUGACGAUGUAGUUUGGACGUUCAAAGUACUCGUUCUUGAUUAUUCUGUCUGUUCUGUCAGUCACUAUUAUUUUCAUCACCAACUUAACCAUUAUCACCAUUAUCUUACAUAUUACGGUCGGUAACGCUCAUACCCCGUGCCAUAGUAGAUGGGCCAACCCUGAAUAGCCACGACACAGUUGAUGCUCAAUAUUUCAUGCAUCUGAUAUUUGAUCUUAUAGGUUCAGUGUUUCAGUCCCAAUAAAUACGAUAGGGCGUAUCGAUCACAUUUUAGGGUCGUCGGCUUGAACAUAAUGCUUUCUUGAAAAGCCCCGUGGUGGCUUCUCCUUUCCAAGGAAUUAAACUAACGCAUUCUAAAAUGUAGAGCUAUUUUUUCAUUUUUCAUUAGUGAUAUGCAUCGGGUGAUCAGUUAUUUAGUAGAUUUCGAUUGGACAAUUCCCAUUGACAAAUGGUCCGAGUCGGUUGGAUACCUACUGUGCAUACGUUGGAAUGGGGUGUCGACAGCCACUACUUACCAGCAACCAAUCUAGGGAUAGCGUACGUGACAGUAAUGGUGCAGCGGUUGCAAAAUAUUACAUUGUUAUUCAAACGGUUUUUGCUUUUAGGGCAUUGUUGUUUAACCCAUCUGUGUUUGAUUGUAUUGAGAUAUGUGAUUAGUAGAUUGAGAUGAGGUGUUGAUGAAGGCAGGCAUUUUUUAAAAAUAUUUUUUUGACAAUUUUUUGCCCUUGUUCUACUUAAUAGCUGAACCCGGGGCCACCUUACCUUAAACCUUACCUUAAACCUUAAACCUUAUUUAUAUAACAUGUCAAUGCUGAUGCUGUCUUGAAAUGUGAAAUUUAGACAAUGGUAAUAGAAAUAAUGAAUAGCAAUUUCACCAACAACUUGUUAAUCUCUAGGAAGUGCAAUUAAAAUUAAAAUCACUGUCUGCCACACUGCUCCGAUCCUGGUCAUGCAACCAAUGUUCAUGGGUGGUGUUUCACGGCAGAGCACUGCAGUGCGCUGCGUGUGUCAGAGCAUUGGGUUUCCAUGGCAGUGUCAACAAAUUUCACUGUGACGCUAAGCUAUGACAGCAUCCCAGAACGCUAGCACGCUGCGGUACCAGCACCAGCAGCAUGCUAGCAGUAUUUGAACUCAAACCUCUGUUUUUGGUACGGUUUUUCAGAACCUCUCACUCUGUUCCAAACGCGAUUCAUCAUAAACUAAGAGAUCACAUGCAAUGUCAUUUGAGUGAUGCUAUGGUAUGCCGUAGCUACCAGUGCACACAGUGUCUGGAUGGUGAAACAGGGCCAUUGUUAAUCACAUUUGCUUUGCUUUGUUUCAGCAGAAACCUGUCUGCACAUGGGAGGAGCGCAACAAAAGCCCAUCAAGUUCAUGCAUGGCAGUGGAUCUCAACAGGAGAAAACCAGAAAGAACAUGAUGCUUGUAGAUUGCAGUUGUACACUGCUGUUAUCACCUGAUGUGCGUGGCUGGCAUUGCUCCUGGCAAGAACCACCUGCAAGUGAUGAGGUGGUGCCUCAGUCGUUGAGUGUGCUGCAGUGUGAGAGGCGCCCUGAUCUCUACUUUGUGAUGGGUUUCCAUUGGAGGUUCAACUGAAAAGUGAGAACUGACUGUGACCAUGCUUGAGCAUGCCAGUGGAGCUUUACAUGCUUAGGGCAGCUUUUGAACAGAUGCUGACCAUGGCAUAUCCCAUCCAGUUAUCAUGUGCACAGAAUGGUGGGGGGAGGGCAACUCUGGGCUCUUGAGUCAGCCCUACUGCACAGGGGGUACAGAUGGCCGCUUACGUUUGGUGUGUCCUGCACUGCAUUAUCAAGCCCAGUCUGCUGCCACAGGCAAUGGGUCGGGCUGCACUAUAUUAAAGGCAGACUAUCUUGCAAAGGAGGCUGGCAUCCUCUCCCAUGAUGACACACCAAUUGGCAAUCAUCGCUGCGAUGAUCACGAGGGUGUCCGCUUAUCUAACAUGGUGAGGUGGAGAGCCAGCUCAAGCUGGCCUGAGGGAUGGUUUUACUUCAUCUGAGGCCCCCUUUCCCCGCCUGCCAGGUCCGGUCAAACGACCGCUUCACAGUGAACGACUUGCAGUGGAUGCCGUCCCACAGCGCAACGAGCGCGCCUACCAGAGGCGGCGGCCAAGAGGCGGCCGCGCUCCCCCAGUCGACGGUCCCGGUGGACGUCGGCAACGCCCACCGCGCGACCAUCAGAUCGGCUCGCGACCGCGCCGUCGCCGACUGACCGCAUGACUGGUAUCUGUUCUUGAUGUGGGACCGACUGCCACCGCCGGUCGCGGAAGGGCAUCGCUCAUCGGCCAUCGACGUCCACCAGCUUCGCGUGGGUCACUGUUCGGGCUGCCACCAAUACACCGAAUCGGAGCCGACAUCGACUGCGCGGCGGCCAGUGCAUCGCGUGCCGGGAAGAGGCUGGCACCCCCGAUCGGCCAUUGGUCACAAACCGUGUCCCAGCUCAUGACUGCAUCCAGCGCAGCUCUGUGAGAUGUUCUGCUGCAUUCUGCCGCGUGUGUUGAAAGAAGAAUGAACAUGAGAAAACCUCAAAACUUUUUGCCUAUUAGUAUUUGACCAGUAUUGGAAUAAGUUUGGAUUUUGAGAAUCUGUGUCCCUGUGCUUGUGCCUGUGUGGAAAGGCAUGCUUUACGGUGUACCAUCUCAAUUUGUGCGGCUGCUGACAGGCCACCUGGGUGCCAACGUAUGUGCGAAUCCGCGAAUACGUUGUGUUUCGUCAGUCGGUAUCGUUCUGAAAAUAUUGACUGCAAUAGGCUAUAUAGCGUAUGACGGUUCAGCCCAGCAGUAAUACCUAACUGACCAUUGAUUGGGCGAAUUUUGUGUGGUGGUUCGCUAAUACAUAACCUAAAGAGUGUUUU